AUGGGCCUCGCAGACAUCUUCUCAAGCAGCGCAAACAACCCGCCACCCGUCCCGCCCAAGAACGCGAUGGGCGUGAAUAGGGACAAGGAGAAGGACGAGAUCAUACGGCGGUUGACCGAGGAGCUCAUGCGGACACGAGAGCGCAACCAACAGCUCGAGAAGGACCUGCCUGCCCUCGCCGCCUCCAAAGCCGCUGUCGAGCGAGCGCGCGAACUCGAAGACGUCGUCCGCCUCAAAGACAUCAUGGUCGAGUCUCUCGAGCGACAGGUCAGCUUGCUCGAGAAGUACAACGCGGCGCUGCAGCAGAAGGAGGCGGAACUUGUUGCGCUGAGAGCGGAACAAGUCGAGCAGCCGAUUUCCCAGCCCGACUUGUUGCAUCGCUACGAGCAGCUGUGCGACAUUUUCGGCCAGUUGAGGGACACCUUGACCUGUCCAGUCUGCUACGAGCCGUUCGACAAAGACCAAGCCGUGUCCCUCCUCUGCGGACACUCGUUCUGCGGGGCAUGCUAUGCGGAGUGGGAACGCAAGCACAUUGAGGCGUUCAAGAUGUCGUCGAUUCAGGGGCAGUAUACGGGUCCCGAGUGUCCCGAGUGUCGGACUGCGGAUGUGAGGAGGGGGAGGGUACGGAUCUGGUCUCUCGAGGAGGUCGUCCGCCUCGUCGACCGCGCCAACCGCGAAAUCGCCGACAAUCCUCACACGCCCGCCGUCCCUCCCAUCGAGCCUCUCACAGCCGCCGACCUCCUCCUCGCCGACGAGUCAGCCACGGAAGCUGGUGAUGCGCCGUUCACGUCUGUCGGCGAGGAUGCGAGGAAGGUGGACAAUUCGAUCUCGUUUGGGGCGGAGACGGCGGAAGGUGCGGGAGAGAAAGAGCAGGCACAGACGCAGACGGAGGCGGACCAGCCAGCGAUGGACGUCGACCUCCCCUCUCCCCCUCCAUCCGAUGCACCCGACUCGCCCACGCCCUCGACGCCCGCUCAACCCGCCUCCUCCUCCAACUCUGCUCGCACUCCCUCUCCCCCUCCCGCUCCUCCCACCACCUCAACAUUCCCCUCCCGCCUCUCUUCAUCAGACCAUCACCACCUCCUCUCUUACUUGCGCGCGCAAGCCCUCGCCCGAGCCCAACAAAGGGCGUCCCAAGCCCAUCUCGAAGCCGAAUCCGCGCGUCUAAGAGCGGAGGAGGAAGAACGCGAGGCGAGGGAAGCGAGGGAGGAGGUUUUGAGCGAGAGGAGGAGGAUGCCUUAUGAGGCUGUUUUUCGCUGA